CUUAAAUUGCUCUUAUACAUAGUUUAUUUGUUCGGGACCAUAUACAAUUCGAGUAAAUGAGUGAACUUUUCUUUUUAGACAACGUAUGGAUGGAACUUAGUGUUUAGAUGUUAGUAAAUUGUCCCCAGCUAUUUGUGUCGAUGUAUUAUAAUUAAAUACAUGCCUCAUGUUUAACCACAUAUUCUAAGCAUGGCCAUGUACCAAACACCAAACAGGCUAUUAAUGUUGUUUGAUGGUUACAAGCGAUUAGUUGUGUCGUAGCUAACACAGCCAUGUCUGUUCACUUGUAAUGGAGCUGAUUAGCAGUAAUAACGAGCCACUGCGGACAGUUAGUAGUAGCUGUUCAGUCAGUCAGUGCGGGGCCGCCAUGACAAUCAUCGGCUUGUGUGUUGUGUUGGCAGUAGUGGCGCUCAGGCUUGCAACUGCUGUUAGUACGAUAAAAAGCCAGUACAGGAUUUUCGAAAUCGAUUACCAGAACAACAGGUUCCUAAAGGAUGGAGAGCCUUUCCAGUACGUGUCCGGGUCCCUACACUACUUCCGUGUUCCCCGGGUCUACUGGAGGGAGAGAUUGGAGAGAUUGCGCCAGUACCGCGCUGCGGGGCUUAACGCUGUUUGCACUUACAUAGAAUGGAGUCGCCAUGAGUCGUCGCCGGGCACAUACAGUUUUUCUGGAGAGAACGAUUUCGAAUAUUUUGUGCAACUAGCACAAGAAGAGGACCUGCUUGUUAUUUUGAGGCCAGGGCCAUAUAUAUGCUCUGAAAGAGAUUUUGGAGGAUAUCCGACGUGGCUUCUUCAUGAAAAUCCAAAUAUGGGCCUUAGGACAAAUGAAUCAAGUCACACACACUUUGUUGAGUCUUGGUUGAGUGUUUUAUUGCCGAGAAUUCAGCCACUCUUAUAUGGGAAUGGUGGACCUGUUAUUAUGCUACAGGUGGAGAACGAGUAUGGAAGCUUCUCGGCAUGUGACGGACACUACACACGCUGGCUAAGGGACGUGUUUCGUACAUAUGUAGGUGACAAUGCAGUGCUGUUCACUACUGAUGGUGCCGGCAGUGGUUACCUCAAGUGUGGAACCAUUCCUGGGGUCCUCGCCACAGUCGACUUUGGGCCCACUACUAACGUGUCAAGAGAGUUUGACGCCCUAAGACAGUACCAGAAGCACGGACCCCUCGUGAACUCCGAGUUCUACACGGGGUGGCUCACACACUGGGGCGAUCCCAAGAUGGGUUCACGCUCCACUUCAUCUAUAGUCAACUCCACUCGACAGCUUCUAGCCCUCAACGCGUCCUUCAAUUUUUACGUAUUCCACGGUGGGACCAGCUUUGGUUUGUCGACAGGAGCAAACAUCUCGCCUUUCCUGCCUCAGGUCACGUCUUAUGACUUCGAUGCGCCGAUAUCUGAAUCUGGAAACUUAACUGAGAAAUAUUACGCAAUUAGGUCCGUAAUAUCAGAGUUCAUGCCAGUUCCGGACAUUCCAGUGGAGAGUUCAGGAACGAUGGACUAUGGAACGGUUUUGCUAGCGCCAAAGAUAUCACUGUUCGACUCCCAAACGGCCAUCGAAUAUCCAGCCUUCGAAUAUCCCCAGACGUUCGAGUCCUUGCAGCAGUACAGCGGCUUCAUGUUCUACGAGACUCGGCUGCCACCUCGGUUCCCGGGCCUCGGUUACCUCUUAGCCAACAACGUGCACGACCGCACUAUAGUGUGUCUUAACAAGAGACCAGUUGGCGUCCUGAGUAGGAGUGACAACAUAUAUCAGAUGAUCCUGGUUGGUCAAGCUGGGCAGAUGUUGGGCUUGUUGGUAGAAAACCAGGGCCACAUCAACUAUCAGAAUAUGACGGAUCUUAAGGGUCUCGUAGAAAACGUGACUCUAAACGGUGACACACUAACCGGAUGGACGCACACCGGAUAUCCGAUGACCAACGUCUCUCAAAUAGCUACACUCCCAAACAUUAGUAGUGUGGCUCUACCGGCCUUCUUCGGGGGCAGCUUCUCCCUCCCAACAGCCGCCCCCAGAGACGUACCUCUCGGAACAUUUGUGGACAUGACAGGCUGGGGAAAGGGAAUUCUGUACGUGAAUGGAUACAACUUAGGCCGAUACUGGCCUGAGAUGGGACCGCAGAUGUCUCUGUACCUGCCAGGCAGUUUCUUGCGUCAGAACAACACUGUUCUGGUGAUGGAACUUGGCACUCGACACCCCAACAGUACUUUGCGUCUCGUGGCUGAACCUGUGGUCAACAUGAUCCAACAUAGCCACGGUCACAAUGACAGUCAAAUCAAUGUUCAAUUAGCGCACUGAAGAUACAACUGGAUUUGUCAGUUUUAGUUGUUUAUCUGUGUACAAACAAUUAUAUUUAAUGAUAGAAACCAAUUUUUAUCUUAAGCAAUUCUCAUAUAAUAGUUUGUAUGUUCAUUUGUUUUGUAUCUCUGUUUACGUUUCGUUCUUCUAACUCGAACUCAAAGACGGAGUAUUAUAAUUGAAGGUUACAAUACUUAAACUGCAUAACGUUACAUUUAAUUUAUAUGAAUGAUUUGUCAUUUAUAAUAUAUGUCCUGUCCUUUAAUUUACAACUGAAAAUGGACUGUCAACCAACUGGAGGCAUCCUUAUUCUAAAAUAAAAUAAAUUUAUAUUUUU